UGUGUUUAAUAAUCUGUGUAUUUUAAAAAUCUGUGUUUCUGAUGAUGAGGAAAUUCCCAAUUUGAAGGCAGUGCUUUUGGACUUUGCUCUGCCAAUAUCUGGCCUAAAUCAACUCACGGGCUCCUCUGGGAGAGAGCUGGACAGACCUCUGACUUCUGGGAUCUAUUGUAUAAACUCAGAUAUAUCCACUACUUUGAAAGCAUUGGCAUAGCCAGGAUUUAUGUUGCCGGGGGGCAGGAUUUUUGCCUUCAAAAUCCCACCCCGGUUCCUUCUGGUUCCAGGUUCUCGUGCCCUCUCUGAACCAGAGUGAUCCAGCGUUGCCAAGCCACUAGAUCCCCAAAAAUGGAGGACAAGGAGGAGGACCUGAGCAGCGGAGGAUUCGGCCUGCGCCCCUCGGACUCCUGGGGACAGCGUGUCUGCCCUGGCCACCGCCUGGUGUUCGUCUUGCUGGGACUCGUCUGCAUCUUCACCAUUGCUGUCGCCGUGUUCGGCUUAACGGGUCGGAAAUCUGUCGACGAAUUGAGAGGGAUGGAGGAGACUUUGAAGGGCGUCAACCGCACAGUCUCGGCGGAGCUGGCCGAUCUGAAAAAAAAGGAGGCAGAGGAUUUGAAACAGCUGGUGAAGAUUGAACAUAUGUUGCAAAACCUGACCGAGGAGGCGAAGGAAGUGAAGACCCACUUCCAGGAGCAGAUCUCUAAACUGCGGACCAGCAUGCGGACCCACAAUUGCGAAGUGGAGAGCAUUAAAAGCAACAAGACAGUGGGAAGCCACUGUUGCCUCAAAGGUUGGCUCCCAUUUAAGAGCAGCUGCUACUGGCUCUCCAAAACGGACAAGUCUUGGGACGAAGCCAAGCUCGACUGCGAAGAUAAAGACGCCCACCUGGUCAUCAUCACCAGCUACCUGGAGCAGCAAUUUGUGGCCCAGCUCACGAAACCCCGGAACACCUGGAUCGGCUUGUCCAUGGCUAGCGGCGUCUGGAAGUGGGUGGACGGGACGGCCUACACCAUCCGCAGAAUAGACUGGCGGCCCGGGGAACCAGACAACUUCUCCAUCCAGAUGCCGUACCACCCGGCCCACUGCGCUCACCUCUACCGCGACGGGCUUUGGAGUGACGAGAGCUGCAGCCGCCGCUACAACUGGGUGUGCGAGAUGAACGGCUGAGUCGCCGGGACGAAGAGCGAGCCAGCAUGGAGCCCACGGGCGUGCCAGGCCGCUCGGCCUCUUCCAAAGCAAAUAAAGAGAAACAUUUCACAAAGAAAGGGGGCGCACCUUGUCAUC